UCGGGUAGUAGUCCGCUUUGCGCUAUUCGCGCCACAGUCGUCGGUACACGGCACGCUCCACUCCUGACUGGUUCCUCCGCCACUCUCCCCCUCGCGGUUUCUCACUCGCUCCCCUCUCUUGUUCUCACUCGAUCUCCCUUCUUCUCGCUCGUUCCCUCUCUCUCACUCUUUCUCUCUCUUUGCCCCUUCCCCGCGUUUGCCCUCUCCCUCGUUGCCCCUCGGGUCUUCGCCUGACGACGCUGCUCUCUCGGGCAUUCCGCCGGAAGCCAACGUCGCGUGAGGACACGUACCCGAGGUAUCGUAAACGCGUACACGCCGCAGCCGCCGACGUCGCUUUCUAGUACACUCGAAUAGAGUUCGAGUCGCGAAACAGAGUUUCCCGGGGGAGUAUCGACGCGCAGAAGACGAGACUCAGCCGACAUGAGCACCAAGGAAAACAACGAGGUCGCGGUCGAGAAGGUGACGGAGAACGAUAAGGCGUCCGGAGACGCGAAGUGCGAAAUCAAAGGGAUCAAGAGGCCAGCCGAGGAGAAGAAUGAAGAAACGAAGAAACAGAAGAAGGAGGAGAACGGUGACGGGGAGGUAGAAGAGGAGGAAUUGGAAGAGGAGAUCGAAGAGGAGGAGGAAGUGGACGGUGACGGUGAGGAAGAUGAUGAGGACGAUGACAUACCGGAAGGUGAAGACGAUUUGGAAGAAGGCGAAGAAGAGGAGGAUGACGACGCGGAAGGUGAAGUGGAAGGUGAAGCAGAAGACGAAGAGGACGACGCAUAAUGAAGAAAGGGGAAAAAUAUGUAAUUAAGAAGGGAGGCGUUAGGCACGUGACGACAUCAUCGUCGAUUUUUCGGCAGUCUCAGCAAACUUACUCUCAUAUUGAGUGGUUGGUAAUAAUGUUGAUAUCCAUCGUGCCCAAUCCAUGUUACUGGAUCCUUCCGACCUACGACUAAAAAUUACCACCUCACCGGAAUUGUGGCGGGCUGACACGCGUUAGAUGCGAUCGCAAUUCUAUUUGUCUUGGCUCAUCGCAAUUCUGGUCGUCUAGCCGUCACCAAAUGCUGUUAGGUAGUUUGAAUGAUAACCAUAUAUUCGUCCUGAGGACUCGAUGAGUUUGAAUUCUACUUUCUAUCCAGGCUCUUGUUUCGAUCGUUCGUAUCGUACGUUCGUUCGUUCGUUUGCCCGUCUCGCCCGCCCGUCUCGCCCGCUCGCUCGCGCGCUCGCACGUUCGCUCACACGGUUCCCAAGACGAAUCUAUCGUUUUAUCCGAACCACCUACUAACCGGUAUUUGCCGUCAUCUGGCUUUCUUCGCGCGACCGUUUUAUAAGGAAAACUUAUUUAAGAAAUAAAAAAACUAUUAUAUUUAAAUAGUGUAAAAUGGACAUUUAUGGUGAUUUUUUUUACAUUAAAAUCAAAUUUACGUUUGUAGUUCGACGAAUGUCUCUCACCUUGUGCGUGUGAUAUGAAUUUUUCUGCGGAAAUGGUAAUUGCAGUGUCUUCGCAGGAGCGCGAGACAGAAUUGCGCGCGUAUUAUACUUACGUAAUAUAUAUAUAUAUAUACAUAUAUAUAUAUAUGUGUGUAUAUAUAUAUCGGGCGAAUAAAUAAAUAGACACGAAUGGACAUCAUCCCUCGACAUUUUCAAUGUAUACAAAAGAAAAGGAGAAAAUCCAAGACAGUCGUGACGCUGCUUCGUGCUCCUGUUUGAUAUAGAGACAGAAAAAUUGACAAGAAUUUAAUGCAACGCUCGCGUCAGGUAGUGUGGAUGAGUAAAUAUAUGACUUUAACAUUGCAUAAUAAUUAUACAUAGUAUGUAUAAAGUUACGGAAUAAGAAACAUUCUAUUAUUAACGAAUACUAUUAUGUAAACGUAACGUAACUGCGGAGAGGUUGUUACACUUUAGGCUUGGGCAUAGAUAAGGGAGAGCAUCGAACAGUCAACUCGCCAGUUGAAUUGCUGUGAGGGGCGCCAUCACCCUUCUCGAUUCCUUUCAAGCAACAAUAUCAUUUUUUGUAGGAGAUAAGAGUUCAAUUACACACAUGUAGAUAAAUAUAUAUAUUUAUAACUCCAGAACUGCCGUGUGUUGCAUGACGCGAAUUACAAGAGAGAAAAAAAAAUGAAAGAAAAAAAAAGGAAGAAAAUCUCGAACUACGACUAUUGCGUACGAUGAUUGUGUAUUUGAGUACUCUCCCUAAAAAAAUAGUGAUGUUCUCACCUAAACGUAAUUCGAGCGUUUCGAUUACUUUUAUGUAUCAUGAUUUUGAUUUUUUUUUUUAUCUUGACGUGGACUAACUCUUAGCAAUGAUUCGUUGACUCGCCGCAGACUAAGUUGACGGUAUUUGUUUCGUUCUUGUGCGAUCCCUCCAUGCGCGCAGUCGUGGCAUCGGUAUCCGGACAUGUACUCGUUGUAUACUUUUGCCACGCUCAUACCCACACGUAAACUGACGUGUAAAAAAGGAAAAAAAGAAAGAAGGCGCGUGUACGCACGCACAUGCACACAAUACGGUAUACUUGAGGAUCGUUUCAUGAUUUAAUAACUCGAUGAUGAUGAUUACUCACUGGUUGCCGAGAUUACCGCGAGGUAGUGUGGUGACUCUUCUUGCUAGAGUCGGUGAAUCGUUGCGAUUGGCAGGUCCAUACCGCUACUUAUUUCGGGAGCUAGUAAAGCUAAAAAAAGAAAAAGAGAUGAAAAAAAAAGGGUGAAGAGACAUUGCGGUUACGAUACCAUUGUACCAUAGCUGCAUAAUAAUUAAAUAAAGGUAAUGAUAAUUUGGAUGCGAGAGGAUGUCCCACGUUUUAAUGUACAAAUAUUUUCGAAUGAGAUAGUUAAAUAAAACGCAGUUAGAUCAGAGAAAAUGAAUUCGUUCUCGUAAGUAGUGAUGGGUUUGAUAUCGGAAAAAGAAAAUGGGUAAAAAAAAAAA